ACCCUUUCCCCACUUCUAAUUUCUAGCUUGCUGACACCAGAGAGAGAAAAGCAGCAAUACUAGCAUACAAAAAGAGUGGAACAAGAAAGGAGACCCCUCCUUUUCUAUUUCUUUUGCCAUAUAAUAAGCUGGUCUGUUUCUUGGAGCCUGCGGAGAAAUGGUGCAGCGGUGAAGGGAGGCACGAAGGGGAGGGUUAGGGGGAGAGGAGCUGCUGAAGCCGCAGUCUGGCGCAGACAUGGCUGGGGCGGCCAUUGGGGUGGUGGUGCUGUUCUUGGCUGCAGCUCCAUUUGGGGCUAAUGCCAACACCGAUUCGAACGAUGUAAACGCCCUCAAUGUCUUCUACACAACCAUGAAUUCGCCACCCCAGCUGACGAACUGGGUGUCCCAAAAUGGGGAUCCCUGUGGACAGUCGUGGCUUGGGGUCACCUGCUCCGGUCCCAGAGUGACAACAAUAAAGCUAUCUGGAAUGCAGCUUAACGGUACCUUGGGGUACAACAUGAAUCAACUGACUGCACUAGUUCAACUCGAUAUGAGCAACAACAAUCUUGGAGGCAGUGACAUCCCUUACAAUCUUCCUCCAAAUCUCGAGAGCUUAAAUCUUGCCAGCAAUAACUUCACUGGGACUGUACCUUACUCCAUCUCCCAGAUGGUUGCACUUAAGAAUUUAAAUCUUGGUCAUAAUCAGCUCUCAAACAUCAAUGAUAUGUUCAAUCAGCUCACAAACUUAACAACAUUGGAUUUGUCACACAACAACUUUUCUGGUAAUAUUCCACAGAGCUUUGACUCCUUGACAAGUUUGAAAGCACUUUAUCUUCAGAACAACAAAUUUAGUGGCACAAUAGAUGUUCUUGCCAAUCUUCCUCUUACUGACUUAAAUGUUGAAAACAACCAAUUCACCGGUUGGGUACCUGAUAAACUAAAGGGAAUCAAUAAUCUCCAGACAAGUGGAAACUCAUUUAACAAUGGUCCCGCUCCACCACCGCCACCAUCAUCACCGUCAUCAUAUACACCUCCACCAUCAGCACCCUCUCAGCAGGCUCCUGUUCCAAGUACUGAUGGUAACAAUAGCCCAGCUGAAGAUGCUAGCAAAGGCAAACACUCUAAACUGGGAGGUGGUGCAGUAGCAGGAAUUGUAAUAUGUUUGCUGGUUGUUGGUGCGUUAGUUGCAUUCCUUGUGAUCAAAAGGAAAUCAUGGAGAUUGUCAUGGGGACAAGACCCUGAACACAAUGAACCUCUCAGCCCUCUUGCUUCUGGACUUAAACGUAACUCUCACGAGAUGAAAUCUAUUAAAUCUGUUAAGAUCAUAUCAACAAUCGGCAAAGAAGAAUUGCAGAAGACCAUUUCAAUGAGUUUGAAGCCUCCAACGAAAAUUGACCUGCACAAGUCCUUUGAUGAAAGUGGUACUACUAGCAAGUCUAUAACAAGGAAAGUAAGUUUGUCUUCCAUCACAAUUCCUGCAUACACAGUGGCGGAUCUGCAGGUGGCAACAGGCAGCUUCAGUCCUGACAGUCUUAUUGGAGAGGGGUCGUUUGGUCGUGUUUACCGGGCAAAAUUCAGUGAUCAGAAGGUCCUGGCCGUAAAGAAAAUCAAUUUUUCUGCAUUUUCAAGCCAUCCUUCAGAUUUGUUCAUUGAGUUGGUGGCAAACAUUUCAAGCCUAAAUCAUCCAAACCUUGCUGAGCUAGCUGGUUACUGCUCAGAGCAUGGUCAGUGCUUGCUGGUAUAUGAAUUCUACCGAAAUGGUUCUCUGCAUGACUUUCUUCAUAUGAAGGAUGAGCACAGCAAACCAUUGUCUUGGAACAACCGUGUGAAGAUUGCCCUUGGAUCUGCAAGGGCAUUAGAGUACCUACAUGAAACUUGUUCACCAUCCAUGGUCCACAAGAACUUCAAGUCAUCCAACAUUUUAUUGGAUAGUGAGCUGAACCCUCACCUUUCUGAUUCUGGGUUUACAGACCUUAUUCCCAACCAGGAAUUCCAGGAAUCAGAUGAGAACUCAGGAUACAGGGCACCUGAGGUGUCCAUGUCUGGGCAGUACUCCCUGAAGAGUGAUGUGUACAGCUUCGGAGUCGUCAUGCUAGAGCUCAUGACUGGUCGGAAACCGUUUGACAGGAGUCGGCCGCGGCCCGAGCAGUCGCUGGUCCGGUGGGCCACGCCGCAGCUUCACGACAUCGACGCGCUGGACCAGAUGGUCGACCCGGCGCUGCAGGGGCUGUACCCGUCGAAGUCCCUCUCCCGCUUCGCCGACGCCAUCGCCUUGUGUGUCCAGCCCGAGCCGGAGUUCCGGCCGCCGAUGUCGGAGGUCGUGCAGUCGCUGGUGCGGCUCGUGCAGAGGGCGGGCAUGGCGAGGACGCACGAGAGCCACCCGCGGCGCCACGGCGAGUCCGGCGGGGACUACGAGUUUUAAGCGAGGCGGAGUUGUGAAUAACAAAUGCUAGCAUGAAGGCAAAACGUAUUCAGAGAACUUUCUUUGCCGUCCGUGCUUCAGCGGCGGCGCUGCUGUACCUGUAACUGUAAAUCCCGUGUUGUUUCGGAACACACUUCGCCGCCUACUCGAAGCCACUGCUUCGCGUUGAUCGCAGCUGGAAGAAAUAGAUCAAACUGCAUCAUCCUGGACUUA